UAUUACUCGUAAAACAAAACAAACCAUAUUCCCUGGCCAUCAGCACAAACACGUGUCAAUGAAAAUGAGAGUAAUGCAAUUAUAAUCCCAAAACAACAUUUCCAGCUGAUUGUUUAGAAUAAACAAUUUAAUCUAAUUAAUAAUCCGAAAGGAAAUGGAAAACAGCAGCAGCAAAUGGAUAGCCACAGUAGCAAGUAUAUGGAUCCAGUGCAGCUCAGGCGCAUCUUAUUGUUUCGGAAUAUACUCAGCCGCACUUAAAUCCAGCCAAGGCUACGAUCAAUCCACUCUCAACACCGUUUCCGUUUUCAAAGAUAUCGGAGCUAAUAUCGGCAUUUUAUCCGGUCUCCUCUACCAUUUUGUUACUACUCCUACUCGCAACAACAACGGCGGCCGAUUGUGGUUGGUUUAUUUGGCCGGUGCUGUCCAGUGUUUUGUCGGAUACUUUUUUAUGUGGUUGUCUGUUACCGGAAUUAUUGAUAGGCCUCAUGUGUUUUUUAUGUGCUUGUUUAUGUUUAUGGCUGCACACGCCCAGACCUUUUUUAAUACCGGAAAUGUUGUUGUUGCUGUACGGAAUUUCCCCGAUUAUAGUGGAACCGGCGUUGGUAUCAUGAAGGGUUUUUUUGGUCUAAGUGGAGCAAUACUAAUACAAAUCUAUCAGACACUAUUUGAUGGAAAACCAACCACCUUCUUAUUGAUGCUUGCCGUGUUUCCGACAGUCGUCCCACUCGUGCUCAUGUCGUUGGUUCACGCAAACCCUUCGGAUACAACCAACGACAAGCCUCAUUUGAACCUCUUGUCUUGGAUUGCACUAACCAUUGCUGCCUAUUUGAUGAUCAUAAUCAUCUUAGAAAGCAUCUUCACAUUCCCAUCAUGGGCUCACAUCAUUGCAACUACUGUUCUUUUGAUACUAGUGUUAUCGCCUCUUCAAAUUGCAUUAACAGCUCAAAAAAGUACACAACAAGGACCGUCCCCUGUAAUGGAUCCGUUGAUCAUGGCCCCUGAGGCUCAAGAGGGUGCACCUGUUGAAAUGAACCUGAUACAAGCCAUGUGCACCGUUAAUUUCUGGCUGUUGUUUCUAGCCAUGAUUUGUGCAUUGGGGUCGGGGUUAGCAACAAUCAACAACAUAACUCAAAAUGGCGAGUCUCUUGACUACUCAACGUUUGAGAUCAAUGCGAUGGUUUCUUUAUACAGUAUAUGGAACUUUCUUGGCCGGUUUGGUGGUGGGUUUGUAUCUGAUUUCUUCCUACACAAGUAUGGAUGGGGCCGGCCGGUGUUUAUCUCAAUCACUCAGUUAACUAUGGUUGGGGGCUAUUUGAUCUUUGCCUCAGGUGGGAAUUUGUACAUUGGUUCAAUGAUUGUGGGUGUUUGCUAUGGAUCACAGUGGUCUUUAAUGCCUACAAUUACUUCAGAAAUCUUUGGAGUGAAGCAUAUGGGGACUAUUUUUAACACUAUAGCGGCAGCUAAUCCUCUUGGUUCAUAUUUGUUUUCUGUUCAAGUGAUUGGCCGUAUUUAUGACAGGGAAUCUGAAGCAGGAGGGGGUUCGUGCCAUGGGAUUCAUUGCUUUAUGCUUUCGUAUUUUAUAUUUGCCGGGGUUUGUAUAUUUGGUGUUUUUGUUUCCUUAGUGUUGUUUUUUCGCACAAGAGGAUUUUAUGCAUUGAUUUUGCAGAGACGGCCGAAGCAGUUGCAGGGAUAACGAGAAUGCUGGAGAGUAUGAAACACUCCCCCGAGCCAUUAAAGAAAAAAAGUUGCGAAUAAUUCGUGACCAUUUGAGGCAUACCAAAUUGUUUGAUUCUUUUUAAUGCCGGUGAUUAUGAUUAUUUGUUUGUCUCAUAACUCAUAAGCGGGGUUCAUUUGUAAACAAAAAUGGUGAAGAUCAUUGUUCACUUUGAGAUUUACAUAUAUGAAUUCACAGAUAUGUGACAUUUGUUCAA